UUUGCUGGUGUUUUAUUAUUUUUUAAUUUUUGUUCCCCAGGCCAACCCUGAGAGCCAGGACUGUUCGUUGUUUAUCUCAGCACAGGUUUGGUGUGUUACCUCCUCAACCAACGCUCAGGCCCUUCAGGCCCAGGACCCCUGCUUCUUAUAUUUCUAGUUUUCCCAGUGUCCAACAAUCUCUUCCACCAAGUAGGAACUCGAUACAUAUUUGCUGAAUCAACGAAAAGUUAAAGAUGAGGCAGUAACACCGCUCCUUCCAAGGGCAGCUCUCAAGAGCCCAGGUUUUCAGAUUCAACAGCGAAGCGGACGCGUCGGGUAGGAGACUACAAGUCGCACAGGCGGAGAUGAGCCCCCUGGGGCUCUAGUUUCAGGUCUCCCUCCUGGAUCCCGGCAGACCGGCGUCUUUUCUCCCCUGCUCGGAGUAGCCGAGCAGCCAAGGAGGCUGGGUGUCUGUUUCGCGCGGCUGUUAGGAAGGAUGGAGGCGCCGCAGCCCCGCGAUGCUUCCCACAGGCUUCGCCCGCAGGGACGCACGGGGCGACCGCGCAAGCCGCUCUGCAGAGGUGGGCGCGCCGUCGGCCCUCUCGGUCCCUCGCUGCUUUGCACUUCUCGAGCCCAGCAGCUCUCAGGCAGCCUCCGGCUUUGACCUCUGGGGCGCUCGCCCCGUUUCCAUAGAAACGCCCGGGCUGGCGCGGCGGCGCUAGGGGCGGGCUCUCCGGCUCCCGGCGGCUGCUUGCGCCGCAGCGCGCGACCGGGCGCCUUGGAGCCCCAGUGGCUGAUCCCCCUGGUUGGGCCCCCGCAAGGCCCUCUGCCGAGCGCGAGGCAGCAUGAUGAGGCGUACCCUGGAAAACCGGAACGCUCAAACGAAACAACUGCAAACAGCUGUCUCAAACGUGGAGAAGCAUUUUGGAGAACUGUGCCAAAUCUUCGCUGCCUAUGUGCGGAAAACUGCCAGGCUGCGAGACAAAGCAGAUCUCCUGGUGAAUGAAAUCAACGCAUAUGCCGAUACAGAGACCCCACAUUUAAAGCUGGGUCUGAUGAGCUUUGCCGACGAGUUUGCCAAACUUCAGGAUUAUCGACAAGCAGAGGUGCUAAUGAACAAUGACAAAAAGGUUGAAAGACUUGAAGCCAAAGUAGUUAAACCCUUGAAAGCUUAUGGGACCAUUGUGAAAAUGAAACGGGAUGACCUCAAAGCAACAUUCACAGCAAGGAAUCGAGAAGCUAAGCAAUUAACUGAGUUAGAAAGAACACGUCAGCGAAACCCAUCUGAUCGACAUAUUAUUGCAGAAACGGAAUUACAGAGAGCGGCAAUGGAUGCUUCCCGAACAAGUCGUCAUCUGGAGGAAACUAUUUACAACUUUGAAAGGCAGAAAAUGAAGGAUAUAAAGACUGUACUUUCUGAAUUUAUCAAAAUCGAAAUGUUAUUUCACGGCAAAGCUUUAGAGGUCUACACUGCUGCCUACCAGAAUAUACAAAACAUUGAUGAGGAUGAAGAUUUAGAGGUUUUCCGAAAUUCUCUGUAUGCACCAGAUUAUUCAUCUCGUUUAGAUAUUGUAAGAGCAAAUUCAAAGUCACCUCUUCAGAGAUCACUGUCAGCUAAGUGUGUAUCUGGAACAGGACAGGUAUCCACUUGUCGACUAAGAAAGGAUCAACAAGCAGAAUAUGAUGAGGAUGAAGAGUUAGAUGCUACAGAAGAAGAAAAUUAAUUGUCUUAACUACAUGUUUCCAUUUUCAUCAUAAAUGACAUGAAAUACACACUGACUAAAUUGUAGAACUUUAUACUCACUUUGAUAUGUUAAGCCUCAAAAUGAAGACCAACUAAUGGAAACUUAUGCUGACCACAAAUGAAGGCUUGAAUCCUA